AUGAGCGAUGAAGAAGAGGACGAUCUUGGAAUCAAGCCGGGAACUGUGAUCGACUCCAGCAAGGCAAACUACGUUGUCAUUAAACUGCUCGGUGAAGGAGGAUUCGGCGCAGUAUUUAAGUUUACUGAAGAUGAUGAUAGACUGGUAUAUCAGGGUUUUCAGAUAGCCAUCCUUAAACUCGUUUCGCAAGAACGAACUCACUCUCACUUCACAUCGAUUGUCGAUCGAGGAAAAAAAGAAACAUACUUCUUCCUGGUUAUGGAAUUGGUCGGAAAAAGUUUGGCCGAUUUGAAGCACCACAGGCCUGGUCGGGUAUUCUCCAUGUCGACUGGAUUAGGGGCAUCUAUUCAGUGUCUAGAAGCAUGUGAGGACCUUCAUAAACACGGAUUUAUACAUCGCGAUUUAAAACCAGCAAAUUAUGCCUGUGGAUUAGGAGACAAGAAACGAAUUAUUUAUAUUCUUGAUUUUGGUAUAGCGCGAAAAAUAUUGAAUGAGAAAGGAGAGCUGAAAACACCUAGAAUGACGGUUAAAUUCAAGGGAACUAUACCCUUCGCAUCAAUAUCCUGCCAUCGAAAUACCGAAAUGGGACCAAAAGAUGAUUGCGAAUCAUGGUUCUACUUAUUAAUCGAUAUAACCUUUCCGCAGGGAUUGCUAUGGAAGGCUCUAAGCGAGAAAAACGAAGUUUUACAUAUGAAAGAAGAAAUACGAAAAGAAAAACGCGAUGCCCAAUUUUUAAAUAUAAAAUGCAAGGAAGAACUUCAAAGAGUAAUGGAUUACAUCGACAGUCUUCACUAUCAUGAUCACGUUGAUUAUUCGUUCAUAUACAAAUUACUAGAAGAGGUAGGUAAACAAAGAAUUUUAACCUCAAGAAUCAGGAGAAUCGCAAGGAGUACCGUGGGAGGCAAUUGGUGUCGUAGUGGGUCAAUAGGUUGGGGACGGUUGGAUUGGGGGCUGUCACAGCAGGUGGCAGCGUGCAUGAUCCUUAUGAUUGGGAAGUGGAGACGCCAAGAGUCAGGAGAAGUGGACACCAUUUAG